UCAAUCGUUUAUGGCAACCCUAUGUUUUAAGGGACAAACGACGGGAAACUGGAGUUUAAUGAGAAAAAAAUAUUUUGUUCAGUGAUAUCGACAUUGUCGCGUGGUUUUUAAUAUUACGGCGAGCUAUCAAACAGUGAAUUAAAUCUAUAAAUACGUCAAAUCUGAACUUAACGGAAGCUAUCAAAAAAAUCGUAGUGGCAGAACACGCCCCGUGGCCGUAACUCGUUUCUUCCCUUUUCGCUCAAAAAUACCAUUAAUAAUUUCUUUGUGUUGAUCCAGUAAUCUGGGCAAGCAGUGUCUUGGUUAUAAUAUGAUGAACUUAAUAUAAAACAGUGAUUAGAUUCUUCUGAAUCCGAUUUUACCGGUGUUAAUUAACAGCCGAAAUAAUGAAUGACAAUGGAUGCAUACAUCUGAGUAAUUUUAAGGCUGCGAAGGGUACAAAUCCUUAUAGAAUUGUGCAUGCAUUUUUUGUAUGCUGUACCUCGUACGAAGCCAGGCGCUAUAAGGCUACAUCAUGCCUGUGCUUUACCUGCGGCCAGCCUGGCCCACGGAUGCACUCUUGCCUCCAUUGCAUCUUCUUUGCCUGCUAUGGAGGUCACAUUCAAGACCAUUCCAAAAUUAAGAAGCAUUUCCUCUAUGUGGACCUCAGCUAUGGGAAUGUCUUCUGUGCUCAGUGCCAGGACUACAUCUAUGACCGUGAAUUUACUGAAAUUGCUCAGUCAAAUCGGUUAAAAGAGGCCAAGUCCCUGGGAAUAGGUAUGCCCUUCAUGCCAUGGCUGCCCAAUAACAACGAAGCUAUGGCGCUACGGCGUCUGCGCAAACGGCGCAUAAUAAGCCCACACACCACCAUUGGGCUCAGAGGCUUACAGAAUUUGGGCUCUACUUGCUUUAUGAACUGUAUUGUCCAGACGUUGAUCCAUACGCCGCUCUUGAGGGAUUAUUUUCUGGGAGAGAAACACAAAUGCAAAGCGCAGGGUACCGGGAAAUGCCUCGUUUGCGAGGUUUCUAAGCUGUUCCAGGAGUUCUACUCGGGCGCUAAGACUCCGCUGACUCUACACCGUCUGUUGCACCUGAUAUGGACUCACGCGCGCCACUUAGCCGGCUAUGAACAACAGGAUGCUCACGAGUUCUUCAUAGCUACAUUGGACGUUUUGCAUCGGCAUUGCAUGAAUGGCGUCGAAGAUACCGAGAAGAAAGAGAACGGUCGUUGCAAUUGUAUUAUCGAUCAGAUAUUUACCGGGGGACUGCAGAGCGACGUGGUGUGCACGUCGUGCUCGGGAGUCUCCACCACGAUUGAUCCAUUCUGGGACAUCAGUCUGGACGUGGCCGGCCCGGGAUCUCUGCAGGCUUGCCUGGAGCGCUUCACACGGGCCGAACACCUCGGGUCCGGAGCCAAAAUCAAGUGCUCCAACUGCCGAGUGUACCGCGAAUCCACGAAACAACUGACCCUAGAAACGCUGCCGAUCGUGGCCAGCUUUCACCUGAAACGCUUUGAGCAUUCCUCGCAGAUUGACAGGAAGAUAUCUGCGUUUGUAUCAUUCCCGGCUGAGUUGGAUAUGACUCCUUUUAUGUCGUCGCAUCGUCGAGCUGUUGACGUCGGAGGGGCGGAUAACAAUAAUGCUCCCGAAGGCAUAUUUGAGGAUAACCGCUAUUCGUUGUUCGCCGUUGUGAACCACCUGGGUUCGCUGGAUGCCGGCCACUACACGGCGUACGUGCGACAGAUGAAGGGCAGCUGGUUCAAGUGCGAUGAUCACAUGAUCACCCGCGCGUCGCUGCGUGAGGUCCUGGACAGCGAAGGGUAUCUUCUCUUCUAUCACAAAACGGUUCUGGAAUAUGAAUGCGACGUCUCUUAAACGGUCAGUAAAUAAAGAUAUUCUAAAAUGUAUACAAUAUCAUGGAUAUCCGAUGUUUUACAUCCUAUCCUGUUAUAUUCAAAUUGCUUUCAAUUGGUAUACAAAGAAAAAGUAUACUUCGGAUGUUGAAGUAAUAUAAGAAAAAAGUCAUGUUUCCUCUCGUGAUAUUAGUAAGUAGAUGUUUGAUGGAAUUCUUAAAGCAGGGCCGCAGUCAGAAUUAAAUUCAAAGAAUGUAGACCCUUAUAUUACGGGCGAUAUAUUUAGAUCUAAAGUCUGACUACGACACUGGUUCAUCUCGUUCGAUGGUUUCUGCGUAUAAUUCACGAAUUUGUUAGAAUUAAGCUUUAAUGUUAUGUAGAUUUUCUCCGUAAAACAGUCGGAAGUCGUAAUAAUAUUAUGUUAUAGUGUUGCCAAUCGAUAGUUUGGUAGCUGUCGAUACUAUCGAAGCUCACAGAAGAAACAAAGCUAGUGAUACUAUAAAUUCUUUGGACUAUCGAUUUUUUGAGAUUAUAGUAUCAAAUUUAUAUACCACAAAACUACUUUGCUUCAGACAGCUUAUACUUUGGUGAUAAUCUUACAGUUGGUCCAUAAUAUCGUCAAAUUUUGAGCUAUCAAUACUAUAAUGCUCUUUUUAAGAUAAAAACUAUCGGUUGUAAAACUAUCCAUAGUUCGGCAACACGAACUAAAAAUAUUAUAAAUGAACUGAACUUGUCAACUAUUUUUCUCAUUAUUUUAAACUAUUUAAAGCUUGUGAACUUUGCUUUAUUGAGCGACGUCGUGGGUGCAUCGCAUUCCCGCUUUAAAACUUAGUUAUAUUAUGCAUUGAGUUAAUUACAUGUCGCAAAAAUAUUUAGUGUCUGUUGUGAAUAUUUGUAACAAAAAAGUGUGAAUAUAAUUCUGUAGAUAUUCGAAAGGUAUUUAAUAAAUUAAAUAUUGAAAUUGAUUUUUACAUGUGCCAGUAAGCUCAUAAAUAAUACAGGUAUAUUUCCUAACGCGUGGGCUAUUUUUUUAUUUAAUUACGACGUGAAUGAACACCGCAAGCAUAUUACAAUCAGAACAGCAACCAUGCAACGACAGAUAGUAAAAAUUUCCUCUUCCUUUAUACUACAGAGUUACUAAAAUUGUGUUUAAACAGAUGCGGCAACAGGGUGCAACUGCAAUCUUGAAUUCAUUUCAACCCGCGUCUGUAUUUCUCUGCUGAUACGCUCACUUAUAAGCUUUUAUUAAGUAUGUCGCUUAUUUGGUACUGUAUUAGGUACUCACUUAUACACGUAUAAAUAUCUCGAUUAGCUUACUAUUCUGAUUGUAGUAUGCCGCAAGCAGUUGUGUCGUUUGCUGUCAGAACAAAUGUUUCUAUCUACCUCGCUGUUUUAUAUCGUUUGCAUUUCGACACCCCCUGUAGUAAAGAAAGGAUUCUGAAUUGUGAAUAUCGUUUGUUUUAGGACUUAGUAAAGUUAGCACUGGAACGAAAUGUACUAAGAUCAAAAUGAGGUUCUGCAAUGACUAAACCAUGGCAUGGUGUCACAUGGUGUUAGUUGCAAUAUGAAACAUUGUUUUCUAACAUAUUCACAUAUCGUCGCUCUUGUACACUUCGUUCAAGUGCUAAUAAGUUGAAGGAUUUAGUAGUUCGUAACCUAUGACUGAACUGACAUUAGCUUAAUGUGAUAUUUAAUAUUUAUGACUUGUAUUAAACUGUAGUUAGGUGUAUGAAUUUACAAUUCUGGAGUAGAUUAUUUUUGUUUGAGUUUUUAAUCAUUAUUUAUACUGGUGUGGAAUGGUGAUGAGCUUCUACUAAAAACAUACAGGUUUUAGUAAAGUUAUGAAGUAUUUAAAAUCUGUAAUUUGUACUAUAAGUAUGUUAUAAUUAUUGAAAAGGCCUUUUGCCGGAAUUGUGGCUAUCAUUUCAAACAGUUCCUGAUAUUUUCAUGUUCUAUACAGAUAGCGCUCGUCAUACAUUUGACCGGUAUGAAAGAACAAUAUACCUAUUAUUGUUUGCAUUUAAUAAUUUUAGUAAUUUGAUCCGAGCCUUAUCAAAUCUAAAAUAAUGAACUAUUAGUCCAUACGGAAAAAAUGUGAUAAAAUCUUAAUGCGGUGUUGAAAUCUAAUCAUCUUAUUUUAAUUUGACAAUCAAAUUCGCGUUAAAUUACGGAAACGUGUAAAACUUAAUAUACAAUUAAAGGGUAUGAUUGAACACUAAAUGUGUACUAUGUAUGUAUACGUGGCAUCGAUGUUCCCAUUCCCCAAGUAUUCAAUGUACCGUGCAUGCACUACUAUAUAGGUACUAUACAUAUGAAUUGUAACAAAUAUGGCUCCCUCCCCGCCGACUCGUAUCCGUACUUGCUAUAGUAUAAUCACACCAGUAGGUAAAUUAUCUUCAUAGAAUAGUAUGUAACAAAACAAACGACAACAUUAAAUCACUUGUUGGCUUGAAUUUGUCGUUCAGAGUGUACAACAUGCAUGCGCAUAACAAGCUACUUCUGCACCAUCAUCUAUUUUAUGAAGAUACCUUAGGUACUUGUCGGAUUGUACUAUGCUUUUGCUGUUGUGCAGACUACUGCCAUUCGCCAUUGUUAGAAUAAAAUGGAUGUAACAAUAUAUUAAUGGAUUU